GAGCGGAGCGGCAUCGCGGGCCCCGAUUGCCUUGUCUCCGUGAAGCUUGAAGCUGGGCAUCCUGGGGGCCAUGCAGAGGGCUGGGGCAGGGGGUCGGAGGGCCUCCGACUGCGGGCCUGCCCCUUACCGGCCCAGGUGCAUCACCAAGUUUGCCCAGUACGUGGGCUCCUUCCCUGUGGAUGACCUGGACACCCAGGACAGCGUGUGGCUGGUGCAGCAAUGGCUGUGGGCCCUGAAGGACUGUCCCCGUCGCCGCGCCGUCAUCCUGAAGUUCAGCCUUCAGGGCCUCAAGGUCUACAGCGGGGAAGGAGAGGUGCUCCUGAUGGCCCAUGCCCUGAGACGCAUCCUCUAUUCCACCUGGUGUCCUGCCAAUUGCCAGUUUUCCUUCAUCGCCCGGAACCCACGCAGCCCCGCCAGCAAGCUCUUCUGCCACCUUUUUGUGGGCAGCCAGCCUGGAGAGGUCCAGAUCCUGCACCUGCUGCUCUGCCGCUCCUUCCAGCUUGCUUACCUCCUGCAGCACCCGGAGGAGAGGGCGCAGCCUGAGCCCUGCCCGGGGCCUGCAGGGGACGUGUCCCUGAAGCCACUCUCCAGCCCUGGGGGCCCCCCUGCUAUGGUGCGGGAGCCCUUCGGCCGUGAUCAGCUCUCACAGAACGUCCAUGCUCUCGUCUCCUUUCGGCGGCUGCCUGCUGAGGGGCCAGUGGGUGGCGGUGGGAAGGAGCUGCCAGAGUCCGAAGGCCGUGGGGGUGCCCGCCAUGCCCGCCUGGGGAAUCCCUACUGCUCGCCCACGCUGGUGCGCAAGAAGGCCAUUCGCAGCAAGGUGAUCCGCUCCGGGGCCUACCGAGCCUGCACCUAUGAGACACAGCUGCAGCUGUCGGCUCSGGAGGCCUUUCCUGCUGCAUGGGAGGCAUGGCCCCGCACUCCUGGUGGUCCCUCGUGCCUGGUGGAGAGUGAGGGCAGCCUGACAGAGAACAUCUGGGCCUUUGCUGGCAUCUCCAGGCCCUGCGCACUGGCCCUGCUACGGAGAGACGUGCUAGGAGCCUUCCUGUUGUGGCCUGAGCCAGGCACCAAUGGCCAGUGGUGCCUGUCUGUGAGGACGCAAUGCGGGGUGGUGCCCCACCAGAUCUUCCGGAACCAUCUGGGCCGCUACUGUCUAGAGCACCUGCCUGCAGAGUUCCCCAGCCUGGAGGCCCUGGUGGAGAGCCACUCUGGGACUGAGCGCAGCCUCUUCUGUCCCCUCGACAUGGGCCGCCGGAACCCCACCUACGAGGAGCAGGACAGUGGGCCUGAGGGCAGGCCCCUGCGGACUCUCCGGCCCCUGGGCCAUGCCAAGUCUGAGGCUGAACUUCAGGGCCUGGGCUAGGCCCUGCUCCAGGACUCCCUUACCCAGCCCCCAGGCCUUCAUAGCUGCUCUGCUCUCCCUGCUCCCCACUGGCCACCAUUCCAUCGGUCUCUGCCCCGGACCACUUUUCCAUUGCUUUGCUGCCCGUGGGAGGGGAGCCCUGACAUUGGAGAUUUUUCAGUGGCUUCUCAUAGGACACAUAGUCGUCCGAGGUUCCAGGCGGAGCUACAGGGGUUCCAUAUCUUCUGAAUGGCUUUGGGGCUUGUCCUGGCUUCUACUCUGCUCCUCCACAGAGCUCUCCAAGGGUUAGGAGGCUUGCUCACCAGCAGAGGUGCAGCCUUUCCUAAAGAGACCAGGUCUCUGGAGAGCUCCCAACAGGAACCAGACACAGAGGGAGUGUGAGUGCACMAGCUCCGCUAGCCAUUUGGCUGCCAGGGCCCAGGGUGCAUCUGUAGUUAGCUGCAGACUGCAGUCAGUUUGGUGGCUGCCUUGGGAAGCCACCUGAUGCUGGCAUUUCCUUUAUGCAGUGCUGACCACAGCCAUCAGGGGCUGCCCACUUACCAGGCCAGUCUCACUGGGGAUGGGCAGAGCAGAACCAUCCACAGGUAGAAGUAAUGUGAGCCCUGCUAGAGGAGGCCUGGCCUCAGCUGGCUAUGGGAGAUGCAGGAACCAUCCUAGUGUGACUGACGAGUCCAGGGAUCCCCUUCAUCAGUAAGCUCACUGACAAAUGUGAAUCUGCCCGAUUAAGUGAUGGGACAAGUUCAUUUUGGAUGAACUUCUAUCCUGAGGCAGAGGCCCAGUCAUGUGUCAGGGGACCACCUUCUUCCCAUCUGGGGUUGGCAUGUGCCUGUUCAGUGCCUUGGAGGUAAUGUAUUUCUGACUCCCUGAGGGAGAAGGCAGCACCAGCAGGAUAGAAAGAAAGGAGGCAACCCGGGAGGGAG